GAGGAGGGGAGUUUCCUGGAGCCUCCGUUCCCGGGAGGGGGGCGCACGGGCGUCGCAGGCCAGCGCGGGCCAGGUCCUGGCUCUUGCAAGUAGUGCUGCAGUGAACACAGGCAGAUUUGCUUUCCGAGAGUGAACAGUGAAAAUUUUGUGUUUGGGAUUGCUGGAUCAAAAGCAUCAGCAUCUUGUGAUUGGUGGUCCCGGAUAUUCACUUGUACAUCCCUACAUCAAUGCACUGCCAAUGGGUUAUAUCCUGUGUUGUGACCUCAUGGUUUAAGUGGGAAUAAAGAUGAGUAUAAGCAGUGAUGAGGUCAACUUCUUGGUAUAUAGAUACUUGCAAGAGUCAGGAUUUUCUCACUCAGCGUUUACCUUUGGUAUAGAAAGCCAUAUCAGUCAGUCUAACAUAAACGGUGCCCUCGUUCCACCUGCUGCGUUAAUUUCUAUCAUCCAGAAAGGUCUACAAUAUGUAGAGGCAGAAGUUAGUAUUAAUGAGGAUGGUACCUUGUUUGAUGGCCGGCCCAUAGAGUCUCUGUCCCUGAUCGAUGCCGUGAUGCCGGAUGUCGUGCAAACGAGACAACAAGCUUACAGAGAUAAGCUUGCCCAGCAGCAGGCCGCAGCUGCCGCAGCUGUCGCAGCUGCUGCCAACCAACAAGGGUCUGCGAAAAAUGGAGAGAACACGGCCAACGGGGAGGAGAACGGAGCACACACUAUCGCAAAUAAUCAUACUGAUAUGAUGGAAGUGGAUGGGGAUGUUGAAAUCCCUCCGAAUAAAGCAGUUGUGUUACGGGGCCAUGAAUCUGAAGUUUUCAUCUGUGCCUGGAACCCCGUUAGCGAUCUCUUGGCAUCAGGGUCUGGAGACUCCACCGCAAGGAUAUGGAAUCUUAGUGAAAACAGCACUAGUGGCUCCACACAGUUAGUCCUUAGACAUUGUAUACGAGAAGGAGGGCAAGAUGUCCCCAGCAACAAGGACGUGACGUCUCUAGAUUGGAAUAGCGAAGGGACACUUCUAGCAACUGGUUCAUACGAUGGAUUUGCCAGAAUAUGGACUAAAGAUGGUAACCUUGCUAGCACCUUGGGGCAGCAUAAAGGUCCGAUAUUUGCAUUAAAAUGGAACAAGAAAGGAAAUUUCAUCCUAAGCGCUGGAGUAGAUAAGACGACGAUUAUUUGGGACGCCCAUACCGGGGAGGCCAAGCAACAGUUUCCUUUUCACUCAGCACCUGCAUUGGAUGUUGACUGGCAGAGCAACAACACCUUCGCGUCUUGCAGCACAGAUAUGUGCAUUCACGUCUGUAAACUCGGACAAGACAGGCCUAUUAAAACAUUCCAGGGACACACGAAUGAAGUAAACGCUAUCAAGUGGGACCCGACUGGCAAUCUCCUGGCCUCCUGUUCUGAUGACAUGACUUUAAAGAUAUGGAGUAUGAAACAAGACAGUUGUGUCCAUGAUUUGCAAGCACAUAAUAAAGAAAUUUAUACUAUUAAGUGGAGUCCAACAGGGCCGGGGACAAAUAACCCAAAUGCCAACCUUAUGCUAGCAAGUGCGUCCUUUGAUUCUACUGUUAGAUUAUGGGAUGUAGACCGAGGGAUUUGCAUCCAUACUUUGACAAAGCACCAAGAGCCUGUAUACAGUGUAGCUUUCAGCCCUGAUGGCAGAUACCUGGCCAGUGGUUCUUUCGACAAAUGCGUACACAUCUGGAACACACAGACAGGUGCUCUAGUUCACAGCUAUAGGGGAACAGGUGGAAUUUUUGAAGUUUGCUGGAAUGCAGCAGGAGACAAAGUUGGAGCCAGUGCAUCAGAUGGUUCAGUUUGUGUAUUAGACCUUCGGAAAUAGCGCUACUAGUUGGAAGCCAUGGACCGACUAUGAAUGUGUACAUAGCCAAAAUGACUGUCCCUGACCCCUGUACUGCUAUAGUCCCACUUGAACCAUGGCCAGUCCACUACAGCCAAAUCUAAAUGAAAUAUAUACAUACAGUGUAUAGAAACAAAAUUGCACCCUGAAGAUGAUGACAGAAUUUUGUCACAGCUUGUGAAUUCUGUUCACCAAGUGCUGGAAUCUAAUCUGCUGUGCCCCUAAAAUAGCAUUUAGAUGUUUUGGAUAUGAGAAACAGAAGAGAGAAGUGCGCGUGACAAAAGCAGCCCAAUACGCGUACCAGUGUGGAUUGUAAUGACAGCCUUGUUUCUCCCCUGAAUCAGCAGACACCAUGGAUUAUAUUCUUUUUUCCCUUCAGUAGUUGAGCAGUUUGUAUGUACAGAGAAAAUGGACUUAGAAAAAACUUGCAGCAGUAGUUUGUCCUUGCUUUUUAACUUUGUUUUUGGUUUAGUUAUGGAUGCAUGAAGUAAGGGAGUGAAUCAGUUUCUUGUUUAUAUUUUUUUCACCUUUUAAACAAAAAAAAAAAUUCUUAAAAAUAUUUUAAAGCAUUCUUUUGAAGAGAUAGAUGUUUGGUACAUUUUAUGGCUCCCAGAGCAUAUAUUCAAUUGGUGCAUGUUGUGGAAGGGGAAUUGGAAAUUAAAUGAAAAUAUAUGACUUUGGUCAUGUCAAUCUGUUAGACACAUCAGUAAAAGGGUAUUAUGCUCUGUUUUUUUUUUUUGUUGUUGUUGUUGUUGUUUGUUUUUUGUCUUUGGUUUUUUUUUUUUUUGGUUUUCGUUUUUGUUUGUUUUGGUGAUGUGGCUUAAAUGCAAUAGUUUCUUUUUGGGGACAUAUUUCUGUCAAUUAAAGACUAGAAGGGCACAAAAAAUUUUUUAAUACCAUAGAGAAGAUGCAUUAAAAUAAAUCUUCUGAUGUUUUGUAGCCAUAACUAAAUUAUGGUUAAAAUGUGCACUAUUGUGAAAAGGAGCAAAGUAGGUUUGGUUUUAUGUUGUUUGUUUAUUUGUUUUGCUUUGUUUUUUAAGAGAUUAAAAUGUUUCUGGAUAAGGAUUAGCUUCUCAAAGUGUCCAUCAUUCUGUGUAGAAGCUGAAGUGUGUAAUAUAACCAAACUCCAGUAUUAAAAAUCUCUCAUGUUAUUUUUCUUUAUACAAAGCAAGAUAACGGCAUCUAACACUGCCAUUACAUGGCAAAAUGUUUGCUACCUUAGUUUAAAAAACAAUCUUUAAAACAAAAGACUUGCUUCAAGGUGUUUUUAAAUAGCAACGAUUCAGAAUUUUUUUAAAAAAGAGUAUAAUUGCACUAACCUCCCUGCUGCUCUGAUUCUGCAUUUGUGGUACUUGUGACUACAUAUUUUCAAGUAUAGAUAGAUUAAGCUGCUAUUUUUUUUUCAGUAAUCACUACUAUAUCAUGUCUUUUACUCUGUUUAUAAUAUCAAGUAUUUUCUUAAAGAUAUCUAGGUAUCAGAUCAAACCUUGUGCUCAUGCAACUAAAAGCUAAAAUAUACAGAAUUUACAAAUGAUAGCAUGGGGCUAUGUUUAUAUGUGUGAUUAACGGGGUUUGUCAUGAUUAAUAUUUGAAUCCAGAAGAGUCAAUUUUGAAGAGAAUAGUUGUCAAAUUUAUGUCUCAGAUUUUAAUUAAGGAAUCAUUUGUUAUCGAGCUUAGCAAAUUCAUAACACUAUUUCUGUCACUAAUUAUUUUGGGGCUUUUACUAUUGAAAUUCUAACCUAUAUUUUAAGUAGAAACUGAAUUAACCCAAGUAAUGCAGCUUUAAUUUUCAGCAUUUGUUGUUUUUCUAUUUUUACAAAACAGCAUUGAUUGAAGCAAGUCUUGGUUUUACUAAGGUAGGAUAGCAUUUGCUAUUGGUAAAGAAAAUAUACAUAAUUCCACAACACAUUGUUAAAUAUAUCCCAGUUGUUGUUAGUGGGGACUAUGAUACUGUAAUAAUAUUUUUAAAAAUUUACAUCCAGAGAGGCAGUCAUUCAUGAUGGUUUUGUGCCAGCUGUUUUUAGGGUUUUGGAUCACAUUAUAGAUAUUUAGAACUAUUACCCUGUGACUUACGUAGGAAACCUAAUAUGCUGAAUAUCUGGCACUUGAAAUCCUGCUUUUAUUGCUAGAGGUCCACAUCUACGGUUGGCCUCUGUUGUUGUUUUAAAAAAAUAAAUAAAAAUAAAAAAAUCUGUGCAAUAAUUUUUAAAUGUGCUCCCAGGAAUAGACACAAAUGUUUUGAGUAUGUUUAAGCUGCAUUUCCUUUAGCGAUGCAUCUGUCAAUUGCACUGAAUUUAAAUCUGAAAGUCAUAGGUGAUUAUUGAUAGUACUUUUGUAUUUUGAUAUGGACAAUUUAUUCAUUUGCAUACAGUGAUUAACUUUCUUUCCCAUUUGAUCAAAAGAGAGUUAAACAGUUCCGCAAUAGAGCUGCCAAAGUAGACAGCUACAUUCUUAUGGUAUUGUCAUCAUUUGUUUCUUCUUUUUUUUUUCAUCUUUAGCUAUUUUACGUAAGAUUAAUAGUCACAGUAGGACAUAUCACAGAGUCUGAAUACAGAGCUUUAUUGUCCUGAAGUCUUGGGUCUUUUAAGUCUGAACUUCAUCCGGAAGGUGUCCGUUUCGUGGGCGUGGGUUCUUUCUGAGCAUCUGAUUGUUUAUUUUUGCUGCUGUUCUCAAUAUCAUCAUUGCCUGCUGAUGUGCCAUGAUGCUGCUCCAACUGACAGAAAAAAAAGAUUGCCUCUAAUUUGAGCAGUGACUUGAUUGUAUGAGACCGACUAUGUUUCACAAUCUGUUAAAUUCUGUAUUUGAGGUUCUUGCUCAUUUUCCUUCUAUUUUUUUUUUUUGAGAACCUAUUCAUGAAGAUCAACUGAUUCCAGUAGAUUUUCUAUGGUAUUUAUCGUAUAUCAUUGUAUAAGCUACUGUAAGAAACUGAUAAGGAAAAAUAGAAAGGAAAACUUGAAUGAGUCUUUCUUGAUUUAAAUAGUGUAAAGAAAUAGCAGCUGUCCCUAUUAAUUAAACAUCAUAAAGGAUCAUUCUUUAUUUCUUCUCUGUGUAGGAAGUCUACUGAGUUCUUCCCUUGGUUCCAAAUCCCAUUUCUUAUUCUUGAUCAGGUACCAUCAUUGACUUUCACAUGACUUUUAGAAGUUAUGACUUUUCUUUUUUUUAGUAGGUAUUAGGGUAUAAAAAUCUGUUUCACUUAUUCUCUGGGUAAGUAUGUUUUAGGAUUAAAAAAAAAAACCUUUUACCGAUACUGAAAGUGCCUCCUUUUGUGGUGUAAAAAAUAAAUUAUGGUGCAAAAAGUAAUCAUUAGGUUGAAUUACAUGAAGGUUUUUUGCUUUUUGACAUAUAAAAAUGUCAAGAGAAAGGCCAAAGAUUUGUACUUUUUCACUUAUAAAGCACUCCUUUUUUCCUUAAACUUCUUUCUGUCAAAUUAGAUUUAAUGAGAGAGUACUAUUUUUAAGGAGCUGUUUAUGUAGAAUGAUUUUGUUAAGAGUGAUGUAAACUAUUACUGAGUAGAGGACUGAAGAGGAGUAUGCAUUUUUGCCAUGUGAAGGGAUCACAGAGGACCAUCCUUACAUGAGCAAAAGUGGAUUCCUAGCUAGGCAGAAAAAUAAAUCUCAAAUGCAGUGCUAUUUGCUCUUUCAAAGCAGUUUUCAUUUUUUAAAGCACAUUGUACAUUUCUAUAGAACCUGCUUCUAUUCUUGCAUGCUCAUGAUGGUACUUGCAUUUGGUGAAUUACUGUUGACAGUUUUCACAGAAAUCCUAUUUCAUGGACCAACAUUGUGGCAUGGCAGCAAAUGCCAACAUUUUGGGGGAAUAGCAGCAAAUCUACAAGAGACCCUGAUUGGUUUUGGUUUUGGUUUGUUUCCAUUUUCGUUUUCCCUUCCCAAACAGCAGGGACGGAAGGAGAGGACAGAAGUUAUGAAUCACUUCUUCCAGUAGUAGCUCUGAAGUGUCACAUUCAAUAUCAGUUUUUUUAAACAUGAUUCUAGUUAAUUGUAGGAGCGAGAAAAGAGAAAGUGUUCACUUUUUUAAUACACUGAUUUAGAAAUUUGAUGUCUUAUAUCAGUAGUUCUGAAGUAUUAAUAGCAUCCUUUAUUUCUUGCCUUUGUGUUGACAGUGUUGAAGCAGGGUGAAUAACUAGGGCAUAUUUUUUCCCCUUGAGUUAAGCAGGCUGUUUCAUGAUGUUUUUCUUUAGUUUCUGGAUAAGUUCAAGAAAACAUUCUGCAUGUUGUAUUUAGUCUGAUGUAUUUCUCCAUCUCAUUGAAAACAAAACACACAGGCUGCAUUACAUAGCUCUGUAAUCCCUAAAUUCAGAAUUUUUCUUCUUUCCUGACUUUGACAUUGUAGCGAGAACGUUCUUAUUUUGAUUUUUACAAAUCCUUUGGGUCUAAUUCUGUGAGCCUACCUAUAGCACUGGAUUAAAUGUCUGCAUCAUUUCUUUAGUUAUCCAGUUAACUUUAAAACUGUUGUAAAAGUGUAAACCAGCCCAUGACAGUUUUUUGUACAUGUUAAAGAACUUUAUUAUUGUUCAGUUUUCAUGACUAUUGUGUAAGGAAGACUGAUAUAGAUGUUCUAUGCUGUCCUGGACCAUGUUAAUUACACUUACGAUGUAUUUUGGUUCCACAUCACAAUGAUUUGUCCCCAAUGACCCUUUUCUCCUUUCUAGGCACAUUUUUGUUGUUGUUGUUGUUGUCGUCGCAGUUUCCCUUUGCAUUGUAUUGCUUUGACAACUGUAAUUUGAAUCAGAUCUGAAAGAGGUCCAGAAUAAAAUAUAUUUUGAUAUUA